UUACACUUCAGAACGCAGUCAGGCAAGUACCAUUUUCCUGGCAACCACCAAACCCAGAUACGUCCAUCGGAUUGCCAGAAGAGAAGCGUGAUUGGCCACUCCAGAGAACACGUCUCCACUGCUCUAGAAUCCAGUGGCGGCCACACACUGAGUUUUGUUGUCCCCAGUUGCUUCCACUUUGUUAUACUACCACUAACAGUUGACUGUGGAAUAUUUAGUAGCAAGGAAAUUUCACGGAUGGACUUAUUGCACAGGUGGCAACCUAUCACGGUACCACGCUUGAAUUCACUGAGCUCCUGACAGUGACUUUUUCUUUCACAAAUGUUUGUAGAAGCAGUCUGCAUGCCGAG